AUGAACUUUUUGCUCUUCCUUUCCGUCCUUCCUCUCAGCUUUGCCUGGCCCGCUCCUCCAUACUCCAACCAGUCCUCAUUCGCAACCGACCUCACAGCUGGAGGCUUGAGCGAAUUCGCAAAGCGGGCUGCCGCCCCCGUCCUCUACCCGUGGCCGGGCAAGUUGAAGAAGGGUGGUUGCGAUGAACACAUUGACGACAUCAACCAGGCUUAUGACCAGGCUUUGGAGAUAGCAGCUGCAGGCAGCACUGCACUGGACCUGCUCAAGUCUGCUCGACCCAAAGCCGGCAACGAUGCUUCUGCCGACGAACAAAAUAAGGCGCUCAAGUGGGACAAGUAUCAACAGUCUCUCAAGGAUCUGUUCAACAUCGAAGUUGACUCCAAGACGGAGCCUGACGACGCCAUGAAGGCCAAGAUCACUAAUGUACAGGACAAGUUGAAGGCCAUCGCCGAUAAGAAGGGUUCCCAGGGUGCAGCAAGAGACGCCGACAAGCCGAAGCUGUUCUGCGGCGAGAAGGGAAUCGAUACCCUCGAGGCGGGCAAGAAGCUUCGUGACUCCGACAAGAAGGAAAAGCCUGCCGGCAAGUACGGCGCCUGGGUCUUCCCUUUCCACAACGCCAAGGACGCAGACGGCAAGAAGGACGACGCCCACCACAUCCCCAGCACCAAGAUCAACAAGAAGAAGGCGCAGAAGGACCUCGACCACCCCUGCGACGAGGGCGGCGACAACGCCCUCGCCCUGACCAUGAUGGACGCAAACGCCAUCUUCAUCUGCGACGGCGGCAUGAAGAAGCUGCAGACCAAGCUGGCCACCCCCGAGGAGGGCAAGACGAUGAGGAAGUCGAUGGAGAAGACGCGCUCGCUGGCCGACACGCUGCUGCACGAGAUGCUGCACCUGUUCCAAGACCUCGAGGACGUCGACAAGGUCAAGUUCGCCGACAAGAAGGACGACGAGCCCGAGUGGGAGGACAAGGACAACAAGGUCCCCAAGCGCGACGAUGCUGCCGUCUAUGGCUAUCUCGCUUCCUACCAGCUCGCCAAGUACGUCUCGGCGGAUGCGCUGAAGACGGUGGAGACAUAUGUGUGGUUUGCCAUCUCCGCCUACGAGGAGGACUGGAAGUUUGAGGGCAAGGACGGCGAGGCGAAGAAGAUGUCGUACAAGAAAUAG